GGAUGCAUGGGUGCAUGUGAGAGCUCAACUCCUGAGUCUUGACUGCUUGUAUUCCAGCUGGAGUUCAGGGAUCCAACCAUCCCCCUGGAAGAAGAAAAGACUGGGGGUCAAUGAAGGAAGGGUGAAAUAGUAGCCCAUCACCUCACGUGGAGAUCAGAAAGAGAGAGGGGGGGGCUGAGAAGACCUAAUGUAACUUUUGGGAGCAGGCUGCAGGAUGAUGUCCAGGGGCAUGCCUUUGUGGAAUGGAGUUUAAUUGGAGUGUAACUCCUCUUAUUGCAUCGCAGCUGCUGGUGCACAUCUUGGACAUUAAUGCUCCCUGGUGCACGGCAUAUGUCUGAUCGGAUCACCAGCGUUCACCAACACACGCACACGUGCACACACCGGGGCAGAUCGUCUUCCACUGUGAUGGGAAGAGAUGGUGCUUGUGAAAGGUGCCUUGGCUGAAUGGUGCAGAUGAAUUAAAAGCGCCCCCCACCCGGGUCUCCCUGCUUCAUUCAAACGAAGAGCACAAAAUAUUGACCUGGACCUAAAACUAUAAAUAUACAGAUAGAAACACCUAAACAAUAAACUCAGUAGGAUCAAAUAGAUAAAGGAGCACAGACAGGAAGAAGAUGCCAUUCCACCAUGUGACAGCUGGUUUGUUGUAUAAAGGGAAUAACUACUUAAACCGAUCACUUUCCACUGGCAGUGAUAGUGAACAGCUUGCCAACAUUUCAGUGGAAGAACUUGAUGAAAUCCGUGAAGCUUUUCGAGUUUUGGACCGAGAUGGUAAUGGAUUUAUUUCAAAACAAGAGCUGGGCAUGGCUAUGCGUUCAUUGGGUUACAUGCCCAGUGAAGUUGAGUUGGCUAUCAUCAUGCAACGCCUCGAUAUGGACGGGGAUGGUCAGGUUGACUUUGAUGAAUUUAUGACAAUUCUUGGACCUAAACUUGUGUCCACGGAAGGUCGAGAUGGAUUUCUUGGAAAUACAAUAGACAGUAUAUUUUGGCAGUUUGAUAUGCAGAGGAUAACAUUGGAAGAACUAAAGCACAUACUGUAUCACGCAUUUCGUGAUCACUUAACAAUGAAGGACAUUGAAAAUAUUAUCAUUAAUGAAGAGGAGAGCUUAAACGAAAACUCUGGAAACUGCCAGACAGAGUUUGAAGGACUUCAUUCGCAGAAGCAGAACAGGCAAACGUGUGUACGGAAGAGCCUUAUAUGUGCAUUUGCAAUGGCCUUUAUUAUAAGUGUCAUGUUGAUUGCAGCCAAUCAGAUUUUACGAAGUGGCAUGGAGUAGGACUUUCACCACAGCACUGUGAACAAUAAUAACCAUGCAUGCGCAUGCCUAGAAGAACAUUUUUUUCUCAAUGAUUAUUUAAUGGGAACUAUCUGCAAGAAGACGCGUUCUGCAAGCAAUACAAGGCCAGCAGUGUGACGUGACUUGCGGAACAAUUAAACCUUCUUAGCAGGGACACAAAAGGGCUGUCUUAAUGCUUUAAUGGUUUUGUUUCCUAAUGCAAUAAACACACAGAUGUUUUGAAUUAUAGCUUCAACAUUUAGUGACUACAUUUCAUAUAUACCCAUGAACAUUACCAGGUAAGAUGUUGUAUGAUCUGCAAGUUCACCCAUAUUCAUAAAAAGCUAUAAACCCAAGCUGCACAAACGUAUCCCUUUAAAAGUGCAUUGCAUAUAAUUUGCACUAUACUACUUAAAAAAAUAACCAAUGGCAACCAAGGAAAUGUGUGUAACCCAGUCAUAGAUGUAUUCUUGUAAAGUGAUAAAUGUAUUCCCACGUGUUACCAUUUAAGAUCCAGAUAUCAUUCUGUCCUCAUCCGCUGACCAUGCUCAUAUAAAAGUUCAUGCCAAUGACACAGAAUUUUUUUUUGUGUCAACUAAAUGUGGCCAUAAUGUACUACAAAAAUGUAUUAGGAAACUAGGGUUUAGGUAAAAUAGUAGUUACAUGUGCGUUUAGAAUUUAGAAUAAAAAAAAUAAAUGAAAUUCAGCACACGUUUGAAAUGUUCUAAUUACAAUAAGAAGAAUAAUAAGCCAUUUUCAUUUUAUGUAUUUAGAAAACAUUAUUUCAUACUUUAUAUGAUGACUUGAGCAAUAAUUACAUUAAUACACAUAAUGAUUAGAAGGUGAAUGGACAUGGACAUAUUAUUGGCGUUUCCAUUUAUUGUGUUCACUACUGUGUGUGCAAAUUGUGUUUAACUACUAUAUUGGUAGUCUGUAGAUACCUUAAGAAUGUAUUGCUUAUAAAAAAAAGUUCUUGGGAAUUCUGCCUUUUCAGUUAUUUUCAAGAGCCAAAGCCAUAAUUUGUUUCCUCUUACAUAUGCAUUAUUAUGUAAUGCUGUAUAUAAACCCUCAUACUGCCAUAGUCUCACUUUAAAUCCUUGUAACUUUAAUGAUACUGUCAUUUAAUUGAGACAUGGUACACCAUAAGAAUGGAUUGUAAACGUAUAUAGAUUCUGAAGUUCAUAAAGGGGCUUUUAACAUACUUUGUGUUUUU